AUUCGUGUGAGGGGAACUCAUCCGACCGUGAGAAUUGUUUCCUUCGCAGGUUUCAGUGGAUGGGAGGACACUCGAGGAACAACUCACUCAUUCUCCCUCCUAAUGAUUUCGGGGUUUGCAGUACGGGUAUGGUAUCCUGGCUGCAUGUCUCGACUUCACGAUAUGUGACAGGAUUGCGAACCCCCACGGCUUUUUUUUUUUUUUUUUUUUUCCCUUCCCUUCUGAAUAUUACCACAUGAUCUCCACUUGCUAGGGGGUGCGUUUGGACUAACUUAACUGCCGCGGUUCAUUGGUAUCGUCAUCCCGGGUGUCAAUUGCUUCCACUUUAUCGCGAAAUAGAUUGAAAACCGAAUAAUAAUAAUUAUCAUAUCCGCCGUACGGUACCAGCAUUGCAUUUAGGGAGGGGUUUAACCCUCUUAGCCGACGGUAGUCUCAAUCGUAAGCCUUCCUCCCCUUGCCCCCCCCCCUUCCACGUCUGAAAUCACAAUCAUGCCUGAGGCUGGUAAGGCACAGCAGCGGUUCUAAGCUAAUUGGUAAUGGUGGGUAAAGUAGCUGGUAUCAUAGCCUACCUACAAGUACCUUCCUGGCGAAAGGUCUCCGCCUACACAUCCUGGCCCGAUCGGUGUGUUAAUUGGGUGGGAGGGCUUCACGCAACCCUGCAUUGGCGCAAUGUAGCGACCAGGAAUGCUCGGGUAAACUCUCGGGAGAGAAUCAUUGUUGACGUCUUGGAUGCCUUUCUGGAAGGAAGCUCCGCGGGUGGACAAGGAGGGAAGGGUGACCCUCAAGUUCUACCGGCGCUAGGAGGCAGCCUGCCCACUUGAGAUUGGCUACUGCACCGGUGCUCGAGUGCAUACGAAUUACCUGAGUACAGCUCGCGAGUGAUC